AUGUCCAAGAGCAAAAUCCCCCCUCUAAUACCACUCCGUGUGGGCUCACGUCUUUCCGCAACUCAUUCCCUCGCCUGGUCUUGUGAUGGCGAGCUAGCGGUGGCGGGUGACGACUCCCUCCACAUCUACUUACCGCAUUUUCGAAAUGAAGGCGUCCACGGCGACGGCUCCGACGCUGAUGAAGAAGGUGAGGAGGGCGGCGCCGAACCGGCAGAGGAUAAGCCAUGGUUCCUGAGACUUUCGCCAAUGGGUAAGCCCCAAUACUCGACGGUACCUCUGAGACUCCUUAUCCCCCAGGUUACGGACCCGCGGAUAAAUCGGAAGCUACUGGCGAAGAAGGGUGCCGUUAUUCACUACAAGGAGGAAGAUGACGAUUUUAUGGGCGCCGGUGUGGGGGUCGUGACGGGCGUCGGGUCGGCGCUUAACCAGGUGGUGAGCUUGCAGUGGUCGCCGAUGGGCGUCGGUCCGAACCUUCGUCCCGUCAUCACCGUCCUCCUCACCAAGGGCUAUCUUCUCACGCACGGCGAAGUGCUUGAUCGGAAGACCGCGCUUAUGGACAUUAAGGCGCGCGACUUUCGGUUUUGGAAGCUUCUUUGGGGAGUGGGAGCGACUAUUCCGUUAGCGGACGCCUCGUCGCCCACGGGGUUUUCAGCCAGCGGGGACAAGAUUACGGCCUUUUCUUGGAGCCAGGCGGUGGAGAUUGGACGGUGUCUCUUGGCGUAUAAGACGGAUGGGGAGGAGCUUGUUGUCGAGGCGGUGCAGUACUUGGAGAACGUCACGGAGGAGAACACGAAUAAUGAGGGUGAUCCUGCGUGGAAGAUAGACGAAAUAGUGAGGGUUGGAAUUCCAGGGCCUCACGACAAACUGAGUGUUCACGAUCCUGACUACACGUCGGCUGGGUCUGGCUUCUCAAUAAAAUGGAGUCCCUGGUCAGUCGCGGAAGACGGAUCUCGGAUAUCAGCCAUCUCGUAUCUCGCUCCGCAUUAUGUUGGCUUCAGACGAGUGACGCUGCAGCCAGGGUGGGAACGUGGGAAGCUACCGAAACUCGAGUUGAGUGAGAACGAUAUCCUCGGAAUAUGCACACAUCUAUCAACAGACGCCUUCACGGAAUGGGAAGACACCGUAUGGGAUGCAAAAGGUACCAAAAUCUGUCGUGGCGUCGUCGUGACGCCUUUUGUGCCCAAACCGUUCGAACUGGAUCUUUUAGGACAAGCACCAGUAAGGCCUCAACACCAUCCAGUGGCCUGCAAGAGCCUGUACCCUACUGAUAGGGGUGUUGAUAACCUAAACCCGAUCUCAGGGCUCGUGGUGAACUUGCGAUCGUCCCCUUCUACCACUCCCACUGAAAACCCAGUUCCUGCCUAUGCAUUAACCCGCCUUUCGGCCACCUCUACGAACACCAACUGGUUUCAAUACAGGAACUCAUCGUCCGAUUUUGCGGUCCCGACUUGGGUCACUACGCUCCGCAAGCUUGUCAACGCUAGCCUCCCGGAGUCCACAUCUCAAUACCUCAUCGACUCCGAAUCAGAUUCCGACUCCACCCACUCUCUACCCAGCUCCUUCGGAGAAGAAUCAGAAGAGGAGGAAGUAAAGAUCGAGAUACCCGACGAAGCCACCGUCAAACCUCAGCGCGCACGAAUAUGGGGCCUAGCACAUUCCCCAGGCGCAUCUACCACCGCCGUACUUUACUCGAAACACAGCACCCUCAUCCCGGACAGAGCCUGCAAAUCUCGCGUAGCUUUCGAUACGCCGACUCUAUCGACAUCCCGCCCUUCCACUCCGCAGACGCUAAACGGCAACGGUAAUAACACCGCCCAAAGAACAACACCCCUUACUUCUGCCGAAGGAAGAGCUUGGGAGUGGAUGUACUCCGGCGGCCCGCCUGUGCCAGGCUUCUCGUCGGAAGCGGAGCCUAAAUUAGCAGGCGUGUUUAGCGAGGCCAUCGAGGCGUUGGAGUGCCCCCUUUGUACUAAGCAGCUAGAGGUAUCUGGCAGUGACUUUAUCUGCACAGCCGGUCAUAUGUUUUCCCGGUGCGUAACGUCCGGCCUGCCCAUUCUUGCGCCGGCAACCUUUAGGCUUUGCGGGUUGUGUGGACAGCCGAAUAUGCUCAUUGAGGAACUCCUCCGCAUCGCUGCCGAACACGGUCUUUCCUCGGACGUGGUCGCGUCUGUGUCCAAGGAUGUGUGCAACGGUUGUGGAGGUAAAUACAUCGUGUAA